UCGUCCACAGUGGGCGCAGCGUGAUUGUUCUCCAGAAUAAAAGGCUGACCUGGUUUUCUGUCCGUGGGACGAUUCUGUGAGCCAUGUGUGAGCGUGAUGUGGCUCUUUCUUUGAUAUGAGACGAGGUUAAACAGGCUCAUUUGGACAGCACCAACUUUGUUGUCGGUCCAGCAGGGAUGUCUUCUGCUCGCGUGGACUACAUUGCGCCCUGGUGGACUUACUGGCUGCAUAAUUUUCCUCAUAUCAACCUGAGACUCCAACCCACUGAAAACACGUUCCGACCCGAAGAGGAGAACUACCAGCAGUCUCUCAUAUUCCUGGGCUGCGUGGCAGCAGCAGGACUCGGCCUUAACCUGCUCUGUCUGGCCAUCUACCUGAGCUGCCUCUGCUGCUGCCGAAAAGAGGAGGAGGAGGAGAGUAAGAAGCCCAACUCCUGCUGCGUCACGUGGUCAGCCGUCGCAGCUGGCCUCAUCACCUGUGUCGCAGUGGGCGUGGGUUUCUAUGGCAACAGUGAGACCAAUGAUGGUGUGUACCAGUUGACCUACUCCUUGUACAAUGCCAAUCACACCCUGGGAGGUGUGGACAGUUUGGUGACUGGCACCAUGGGCGGCAUGAAGAGCGGGCUGCACCAACACCUCGCUCGGCUGGACGAGAUCUUCGCCACACGGGGCGACUAUGUGCAGACGCUACACUUCAUGCAGCAGAUGGCUGACAACGUGAUCAAACAGCUGCUGGGUCUGCCUGACUGGGAGACGGCCCAAGUAGACCUGUCGGCAGUCGCAGAUCAAACAGCAAACGUAGAAUACUACAGGUGGCUCACAUACCUCCUGCUCCUCAUCCUGGAUCUGAUCAUUUGUCUGCUGGCCUGUCUGGGUCUGGCCAAGCAGUCUCGCUGGCUGCUCACGACGAUGAUGGUGUUCGGAGUCCUGACGCUGAUCCUGAGCUGGGCCUCUCUGGGCGCUGACCUGGCCACUGCUGUGGUUGCCAGUGACUUCUGUGUGGCGCCUGACAAGUACCUCAUGAGCCAGACGAAAGGCGUCAUUGGAGCUGAUAUUGUUCAUUACUACCUUUACUGCAACCAGACUCUGUCUAACCCCUUCCAGCAGCCUCUGACCAUCUUCCAGAGGUCCUUGACCACCAUGCAAAUCCAGAUCCAGGGCUUGCUGCACUUCGCUGUUCCUUUGUUCCCUUCAUCUGAGAGGGAUCUGGUGGGCAUCCAGCAUUUGCUCAACUCUUCUGAGGCCAGUCUGCACCAGCUGACAGCCCUGCUGGACUGCAGAGGGCUCAACAAGGACUACGUGGAUGCGAUGGCGGGGGUGUGCUAUGAUGGCGUGCAGGGCGUGCUCUACCUCUGCCUCUUCUCCGUCCUUGCAGCCUGCGCAUUCACUGUCAUGCUGUGUGCCAUUCCCAGAGCAUGGAGACAAAUCGCCUGCAGAGACUACGAUGAUAUCGACGAGGAGGAUCCAUUCAACCCACGGGCCAGGAGGAUCAGUUCCCACAACCCCAGCCGGCCCAACAUGCACAGUUUUUGCAGCUACAGCAGCAGCAUGGGCAGUCAGACCAGCCUGCACCCGCCCCCCCAGGCCGCCACUAACACCGCCAUGUCUGAGUACAUGAACCAGACGGCUCUGUUCGGAGGAACGCCGCGGUACGAGAAUGUACCUCUGAUAGGACGAGGCUCCCCGCCACCCUCAGUGUACUCUCAGCCGUGUAGAAACAGAUACUCACCCACUAUGAGAGCCACCUAUCUGUCCAUGACUGAGGAACAGGGCAGACACUUUGGGAAUGAUUUCCAAGCAUAAACUCUGGGUCUGACUCGGCAUCACGUGGCCAAUCUCAACAGGAAAGACAGUUCGGCUCUUCAAAGCUUCGCAGAGAACAACGUGUAACAUCUCAUGCUUGUCAGGAUGAGGAAACCUGAUCUGUCCUGUUUGAUGUUUCAUAUGUAAAGGAACUUGACAAAGGAGUGUACCACUAAGUUUGAAUCCAAUAUAGAGUUAAAAAAUAUGCACAACAAACACAUGCAAUAUAACUGGAAUAAUGACAUUUUCUGUACCUUUCCCGUGUCUCAUUGUUUUUUUUGUUUGUUUGUUUUUUUUGUGUGUGUGAUGCUUUUAAAAUCAACUUGCUAAUGCUUGAAGCCUUCAUGGGAGAGGUAAUCCAUUAGGAUGCACUAUUUGACAUUGAGGUUUUAUUUUGUUAUGUCGUGUUUUCAGUGUGAGCAAUUUAAAAAUGGUAAAUCACGAAAAUGUGAUUGUGCAUGAGGAAAAACAAAAAUCUUCGUUCUUUUACUUCUGGUCUUUUAAAGAAUGUUUUUAUUUGCCCUUUUUCAUUUACUGUAUAUCUUAUACUGUCUACUUGCUACAAUGCUUGAAAGGUGCAGA